AUGGACUCCAGAAAUGUGGCCAAGAGGAAGAAGCCGAGAGCUGCCUCAGGUAAAGAGUGUUUAUAUGAACGUCGUAUUAAGAAGCAGACGAUGGAGGCACAGCCACAUGCUUGGAAGUCUCCAACAUGUCUCCAACAAGUCUCCAAUGCUCUGCAGGCCAUGCAGAUGCAGCUGUACAAGCGCUGCUCUGGGGUCAUCCUCUCAGCGGAUGCUCGACUCUUCUGCUACUGGAGCCUGAGGGCCUGGGCACGCGGCUUGACCCCAGAGCCACCCAGACACAUCCCAUAA